CCCAAUCACAAUCACCAUCCUCCUGCGCCGGACUUGCUUGUUCAACGAUUACCCGGCCCAGCUUCGUUACUGACUCACUUGUCGUUGCUUUUCGAGUGUCUACCAGCCCUUCUCUCGUCGUCGCUCUCCCUUGAUUCUGCCAUUCAGUUCGACCACCGUCAACUUGCGAGCGCCAGUCACCAUGGCCGCGACCGUCAAAGCUAUCAAUGCGAAGAUUCGCUCCAACAAAGUCUUGGAUUACUUUUGCUCGACACAUUUCUGGGGCCCGGCUUCGAACUUUGGCAUUCCAAUCGCAGCAGUUUUGGACACGCAGAAAGAUCCUGAGAUUAUCUCGGGCACAUUCACCGCUGCGCUGACCGUGUACUCUGGCACGUUCAUGCGAUACGCCCUGGCCGUCCAGCCGAAGAAUUACCUCCUCUUCGCAUGCCAUUUUGUCAAUUUCAACGCGCAAUUAACGCAGGGAUAUCGGUGGUAUGAUUAUUGGUAUCGAGGCGGCCAAGAUCGCUGGGCCAAGAUCCGCGCAGAGGCGGCCAAAGUCGAAGGCAAGACCGAGUCGAUAGCCGAGACGGCAAAGACGAAAGUUGCGGGCGCGGUCGAGGAGGCCAAGAAGACUGUUUCAUAGAAGCUUUCUAUGCGUCGUGUUCGAGAGAGGACCCUGUUGGGUGGAUUUGGACUUUUGGGCAUGGUAUCCGGGAGAAGGAUUCACGUCAGCGGGCGAGAUGGAGAUGCUGAGACUGAGACGAAAAAGACGCUGGAAAGAGAGAUGGCGAGGAACAGAAUCAGCAUGCCGAGCAAGACUGAGGUGGAGAUUGGAUUGGCACACUGGGAAUUGAAGACAGUCUGGGAAUAAACCAUGCAGAUACAGAUGCAGGUGCAGGUGCAGGUGCAGAUGUGGAUGUGAAUCAAAUACCCAGUGGCAAACUAUGAAUAUAGUUAUACAUGUUGCAAAAUGUAGACUCCUUUCAUACCAUAUCCCCUUUCAGCG